AUGAAGGAGCUCGUCCCAGCCCUGUACCCAAAUGGCGUCGUCGCGGCCAGUGUGACAGAGUACUCUGACGCCAAGAGCAGCGGGCUGUCCGAGGUGCUGGUCAGGUACCACGAGAAAAUCCUGCAGCGGCCCGACUCCUACUACACCAUCAGUCUGUACCAGGCAAAGACACUAACCUUCCUGGCAAGGAGCAUCGAGGCAAAGAGAGCGCUCGAAAUCGGCGUGUACAUGGGAUUCUCUGCCAUGGUAUGGGCCAAUGCCGUCGGCCCGGCUGGCAAGGUCACUGGACUGGAGUACGAUGCGGACUUCGCAGAGGAGGCACGACGGGGAGUCAAGGAGAACGGAUUCAGCAACGUCGAGAUCAUCGUCGGGGACGCCGCCACAACACUCCCGAGCCUGGAGGUGACGGAGCCGUACGACAUCAUCUUCAUCGACGCCGACAAGGUCGGGUACCCCAAGUACCUGGACGCCAUCCUGGCGCGGUCGCAGCCCGGGUCCACGUCGCGGCUGCUGCGGCCGGGCGGGCUGAUCGUGGCGGACAACGUGCUCCGCCGGGGCCUCGUGGCGCACAGCGGGCCCGAGAACCCCAACAGCGCGAGCAUAGACGCGGCCAUCAUCGAGUGCCUCGACGGCUUCAACACCGCCCUGGCCACCCACGCCCGCCUCGAGGCCCUCCUGCUGCCGCUCUUUGACGGCCUGGGGCUUGCCCGCCUCGUGGACUAA